AUGGAGGACUUUGAGCGUGAGAUUAAAGUUCUGGUGGUGGGCAACGGUGGCGUCGGCAAGACCAGCAUGAUCAAGCGCUUCUGCAGGCGCGGCGCGCCUGCUCCACGGGACCGAGUGCCCUUGGACCUCAUGCGUGCAGCGGGCGUGUUCACAGAGGAUUACAAGAAGACAAUUGGCGUGGACUUUCUGGAGAAGGCGCUCUAUGUCCCGGCACUGGGGGAGGACGUGCGGCUGUUCUGCUGGGAUACUGCUGGGCAGGAGGAGUUUGACUCGAUCACGAAGACCUACUACAGGGGAGCCGGGGCGGCCGUGAUUGCUUUCUCCACAACCGACCGCGCCUCGUUUGACGCUGUACCAUCGUGGCGGCGCAAGGUGACGGCAGAGUGCGGCGACAUUGCCAUGGCGCUGGUGCAGAACAAAGUCGACCUGCUUGACAGGGCCGUGGUGUCGAGCGAGGAGGCGGAGGAGAUGGCGCGGCGGCUGGGGCUCAAGUUCUACCGCUCCUGCGUGAAGGAGGGGCUCAACGUGACAGAAGUGUUCUCCUACCUGGCUGAGCUGCAUGACAGGAAGAUGGCGGCCGGCCAGAUUGCCAACCGCCCGGCGGCGCAGGCACUUGCGCCCGCGGCAGCAGCUGGGGACGCCUCAGCAGACGGCUCCGCCGCUGCACGCGCGGCCCCGGCGGUCAUCGCCGAGGUCGUCACCCCCAGCGGCGCGCCCGGCGGCAAGAGUGGAGAGAGUGGGAAAGGCUGGUCUGGCGCGGCAGCGGCAAUGCCGGCGACGGUGGAGCUGCAGCCGAGCAAGCGGCGCGGGAAGAAGAGCCUCGGGCAACGCGUGGCCAAGGCGGCAACCAAGGCCAAAAGCCAGUGCUACAGCUGA